AUGCAGGAAGGGAGGCGGUACCUCGUCGCUAACUGGGUUAAUCUAGCGGGCAAAGAACAACGUCAGUUUCCGAUUUUUACGCGUCAAAGCGCAGGUGCUUCGUCUAAUGGCAUCGAUCUAGACACUGCAAGACAGCAAAGCAUGCGCACUUCCGUCCCUCUGGCGACUCGAAUAGGGCCAAUAUUGGCCCUCAUCUGUAUCGUCAUUACAAUCAUCUCUACAGUUGAGGGCAAGAGGAAACUUAAAGAACAGGAGAUCAUUCAACGUAUUCUCAACAACUACGAUUGGAGAGUCAGGCCAAGGGGAUUGAACGCUUCUUGGCCAGAUACUGGAGGUCCAGUGCUGGUCACAGUUAACAUCUAUUUGCGUUCGAUCUCAAAAAUAGAUGACGUCAAUAUGGAAUACAGUGCUCAAUUUACCUUUCGAGAAGAAUGGGUCGAUGCAAGGCUCGCCUAUGGUCGUUUCGAGGACGAAUCCACAGAGGUGCCGCCGUUUGUGGUAUUGGCGACCAGCGAAAAUGCGGACCAAUCGCAACAAAUUUGGAUGCCUGAUACCUUUUUCCAGAACGAGAAGGAGGCACGACGGCAUCUGAUCGACAAACCGAACGUGCUCAUUCGUAUUCACAAAGACGGCUCUAUUCUAUAUAGCGUAAGGUUAUCACUGGUGUUGUCCUGCCCGAUGUCGUUGGAAUUCUAUCCAUUGGAUCGACAAAAUUGCCUUAUCGAUCUUGCAUCAUAUGCCUACACUACGCAAGAUAUCAAGUAUGAAUGGAAAGAGCAGAAUCCUGUCCAACAAAAGGACGGCCUACGACAGUCGUUACCAAGUUUCGAAUUGCAAGAUGUCGUUACCAAGUACUGUACCAGCAAAACCAAUACGGCUGUAUAUCCCUUCGUUUAUGCUUGUCAUUGUCUCGUGGGUCUCGUUCUGGCUGGACAAAGACUCGGUCCCAGCACGAGUUACAGUUCCGGUAUCAAUGCCAAACUGCCGCCCGUCAGCUACACAAAGGCACGCGGUUAUCUGCUUUAUGUCGUAACUUAG